AUGAUACACAUCAGCACAGUACGCGAAAGCAACGCUCAGUGUAAGCGCAUCGAGGGGCUCGUUACCGUGUUCGUGGGAGGCACUGGUGGAAUCGGAGAGAGUACCGCCAGAGAACUGUUUCUGCGGACGACCAGACCAAAGGCAUACAUUGUCGGCAGGAACGAGGAGCAAGGUAAUAGAAUAUGCAAAGAGCUCCACGAAAUCAACAACGCUGGCAAGGCCAUUUUCAUACAACGGGACAUCAGCCUUCUUCGACAUGUCGAUGAACUGUGUGCAGAGCUGCGGGAGCGAGAGCCGAAGAUAAAUUGUCUGUUCCUGACAGCCGGGUACAUGACAUUAAAAGGACGAACAGAAACCGCCGAAGGCAUCGAUCAGAAGAUGUCAGUCAAUUACUAUGCGCGUAUGAGAUGUAUUCUCAACCUCAUGCCAUGUCUGGAGCGAGCCUCCAAGGACAACGCGCUAUCGCGCGUAAUCACGGUUCUCGCAGCUGGAUCCGAAGGAGACGUGCGAGUGGACGAUCUGGAUCUGAAACACAACUUCACUCUCCAUGCAUGUCUUGCUCAUUGCGUGGUGAUGACAGAUUUCUUUAUCGGAGAGCUCGCGAAGCGAUAUCCGGGAACGUCCUUCAGCCACUCCUACCCCGGCACAGUCAAGACUGGCAUCGCAAACGCUCUCUCGGGCCCGGUGCGACUGGCCGUGAAGGUCCUCUACGCAGUCAUGACCCCCUGGAUAUUGAACGUACAAGAGUCUGGCGAGCGGCAUCUCUUCCAAAUCACCAGCCAAUGCUAUCCCUCCCAGCGCGGCGGCGUCGGCAUACCCAUCCCGGAAGGCCUAUCGACGAUGCGCGGAGUCCACGGCGAGCCCGGUGGUGGAGCCUACUUGCUCGAUUGGGAUGGCAAAACCACGGGAGACGAGGCUGUGCUGGAGAAGUACCGCAAGAUGAAUCUGGCGAAAAUUGUGUGGGAACAUACGCAUGCCAUUUUCGACCAGGCCGAGCAGAAGAUGCGACGAGACUCGAAACGGGCUGCCCAAGAUGAGGCCGAAGGCGCGGGAAGGAUGAUCCCAAACCCACUCGGAUGGCGGCCGGCGACAUGA